CACCAUCCUCUGCAAUGGCUACGGGAUCGAUUCCACGAUCUGUACGAUGGAGAAUAGAUCUUGAUGGAAAAGGCUUGCUGCGACAUGAACCAGAACAAUGGUCAUCAGUAUUGACAGAGGAAAGAAGACGAUAUGCAGAUCUGAAAAAGAGAGUUUUACGUGCUCCCGAUGGAAGUUACCCGGAAGGGUUUGGAAUGGAAACAAACAUUGGGCAAACAAGCAAUGGACCAACUCCAGUAGAUGUCAACAACCCACUCAGUCUGGCAGACGAUAACCCUUGGCAUUCACAUUUUGCCAAUUUGACAACUUUGGAACAAAUUCAAAAGGACGUCAUUCGUGCGUUUCCAGAAGAAGAAGAUCGUUUCAAAAGUGGGCCUUUGGGAGGGCAGGAGAAAUUUGUUUCUCAGUUGAGCGCGAUACUUUUUGUUUGGAGCUUAUCAGAAGAAAAUCUCAAUGUUGGAUACAGACAGGGAAUGCAUGAGAUCGCCGGUGUAUGCUGGUUGAUUGUGAAGGAAGAUGCAGAAAAAGGAAUGCAGUCGCCCUCGUCCUCAAGGCAACUCCUCGUUCAGGCUGAUGAUGUGGAAGCUGAUUCGUUCGCUCUGUUUCAAACGAUCAUGUUUCAGGCUAAACGUUGGUACGAGUGGAAGUCGGUAGGAUCUUCAAAGCUUCCUAUCCAGCAACAUUGCGAUAUGGUCGAAGAAUCGCUCGCUUCAAAUGAUGUUGAUUUAGCACGUCACCUCAAACGACUUGGCGUAUCAAUGUCCAUAUUUGCCAUUCGUUGGAUUAGACUGCUGUUCCUGCGGGAACUUCCGCAGGAUAUAGCGAUCGAAGUGUGGGAAAGUUUGUUUGAGCUGGACCCUUCGCUUUUCCUCGUGGAUCAUAUCUGCGUUGCAUUAAUUAUUCGAAUCCGCGAUGUCUUACUAGCCAGUGAUAAUCCAACGGCCCUUCGUGCACUCCUCAACUAUCCUGCUGGAUCAGUCGAAUCCGGCGAAUCGGUACGAGCUUUAAUGGACGAGGCAAGACAGGCACAUCGACAGCAUACGGCCGUGUUGAGCGGGAAGGAAAUGCCAUAUACUCGUAAAGUUCCCGGUUCCUGGAACGAUGCAGAUCUUGCUUCUAGAAGUGGGGCAGCUCCUUUCGGCUAUACAGCACCAACGUUGACUGAAUUAACAAGAGGUAUCUCUGCUCAAUCGUUAGGAGCAGGCUUUAAUAGAGCAAUCACAAAUGUUCAACGUACGGUAAAUGCUGCAUAUCAAGCACAUGCUGCGCAAAAUACGUCAAAUGAUGGUUUCCCUCCUUCUAUGAAUGUGAUCAGUGGAAGACGAGAGGUAGCAGCUGAUCAAACACCUAAGCAACAGCUGGAAAAAUUGCGAGCUGUGAAUGGACAGAUGGGGAAAACGAUGAAUGAUAUCAUUGAUGUUUUGCAAAAGCGAUGGGCAAGAGAGAUGGAAAGUGAGACAAACGCUGCGAAAAACGAUGCGAAGCCUGCAGAAGAAGAGCAACAAUUGAGUCUGUUGGUAAGCUUGACGGCUUUAAAACAUAUCAGGGACGUCCUGUCUGGACAAGCAGUAGAGUUUGACCCAUCUGUAAUGCAAUUAGGAAAAGAAGAUACAAAUGGCAAUGAAGCACAUGCACAGCCCUCCACCCCAUCAACUUAUCCACCUACUGCAACGUCAAAGGGAGAAAAGGAUCGUACUUUCGGAGCUCGCUUUCAGCGAUCUGUAGAUGACAUUCCAAUUGCUUCUGCAUCGGCAAAUAUACCUCCUUCUACAUCGAAUACGGCCUCACUAGACGAAUCGAAACGUGGAAAUGCUCAAAGUACCAAAAUAGCCCGUCCACUGGCUGCUUCCAGUGCGGUAUACGAUCCUCUUGGUGUCGGAGGUAGUUGAUUGAACAGGAGAGUGUCAUUACGACAGGAAAUUAGGAGUGAAAGGAUGCAUUGGAACGUAUGAAAAGGAGGUUUUAUAGAAUCGAGCGUGGAAGAUAUUAUGGGAGUGAGAGGGUGGAUUGGACCGCAGAAGAUUGAAUGAUCGCAUACAAAAGGAUGCGGGAUGGUCAUUUCUUCGACCAAUCCUUCUGGCCCAACAAGUGCUUCACGGCCGCAAAGCCUGCUGGAGGGUUGUCUUUGGGCACCCUGGUGUAUGUGGAUGUGUAUCACGGUCA